AUGUCCAAUCGUUCAUUGAAUAAAUUAUUAACCGGUCUGAAAGCUAAAAAACGGUCUUGGAUUCCAAGGAUUAAUAAACGCAGAGGAAUCAAGAAAAAGGAACUCACAUUAGAAGAACAACAAGUACUAAUUUAUUCACCGCCUCCACUUCCACCAAUCCUGAGAAAACAAAAAACAAUAUUUGAUUUUCCAGCCGAAAUUUAUUCACAAAUACUUUCUUACCUGUUAUUCACAGACUUAUAUUCUCUUUCUUCAGUUUCGAAAUUUUUUAGGAAUUUACUUUGGUCAGAAUCGGAAUUUACUCAAUCAAUUUGGAAAAAUUGUAGAUUAUUGCAUAAUCCCAAUUAUCCCAAAUUGCCACCACCUAAUGGAAUGUGCGAACAACAAUACAUUUGGAUUACUUUAGCCAAAAGAACUUGUCAAUUUUGUAAAGAAAUUUAUGAAACUACUGCUUUUGAUAAAUGGUCUGUUAAAAUAAAUUGUUGCAAUCUUUGCAUCGCAAGUGAUGAUUAUAUCAUAGAAGAAGAAGAACUUGAAACUUUACCAGAAGAAAUUGAGGGCUGUGUUCCAUAUACGCAGUAUAUCGGAUAUCUUCAUGAAAAUUGUCAUAAAUUUUAUUUUGUUCAGGACGUUGAGAAAAUAAAAAAAGAAUACGAUUCUUUAGUAGAGGAAGAGAGGCAAGAAUGGAUUGAAAACAAAAGAAAAGAAUUAGAAAAUGAUCUAGAAAGAAUAAAAGAUUAUCAAAUGCAAGAUUGUGAAUAUUAUUGGUCAAAAUUU